AUGCUGGUUUUCUCUCUUCCCUCUGGUCCUUCUGUGUCUUUUUCUAUUCAUGCUCUCUUUUUCUUUCUUCCUUCCUCUCUUCUGGUCUUUUUCCAUUCAUCUGAUUUUUCUCUUCCAUGCUGGAUUUUUCCUUUUCUAUUCCCUUUGGUCCUUCUGUGUCCUUCUCUAUUCAUCCUUCCCUCUGAUCCUUUUUUCUCUCUUCCCUCUGGUCCUUCUGUGUCCUUUUCUAUUCAUGCUGCUUUUUCUCUCUUCCCUCUGGUCCUUCUGUGUCCUUUUCUAUUCAUUCUGGAUUUUCUAUUCUCUUUAUAUCUGAUCCCUCUCUUCUUUUUCUAUUCUUGCUGGUUUUCUCUCUUCCCUCUCAUCCUUCUGUGUCCUUUUCAUUUCAUGCUUUUUCUCUUCCCUCUGGUCCUUCUGUGUCCUUUUCUAUUCAUGCUGGAUUUUCUCUCUUCCCUCUGA